CAAACCCAAUACUCGACGAAAAAUAAAUCAUCAUGUCCGGACGUGGAAAAACCGGUGGCAAGGCUAGAGCAAAGGCCAAGACACGUUCAUCCAGGGCUGGGCUCCAGUUCCCGGUAGGUCGUGUCCACAGGCUGCUGCGUAAGGGUAAUUACGGCGAGCGUAUCGGUGCUGGUGCUCCCGUCUACCUGGCUGCAGUGCUAGAAUAUCUGACCGCCGAAAUCCUGGAACUGGCAGGGAACGCUGCCCGGGACAACAAGAAGACUAGGAUCAUCCCACGUCACUUGCAGCUGGCCGUCCGCAACGAUGAGGAGCUCAACAAACUCCUCGGAGGGGUGACCAUUGCCCAGGGCGGUGUCUUGCCCAACAUCCAGGCCGUCCUUCUGCCCAAGAAGACCGAGAAAGCCGCCAAGAAGUAGUC